GCCCCCAGCCAUCCACCAUGGUGGUGGCACACCCCACUGCCGCCGCCGCCACCACACCUGCUGCCACCGUCACGGCCACCGUCGUGAUGACCACGGCCACCAUGGACCUGCGGGACUGGCUUUUCCUCUGCUACGGGCUCAUUGCCUUCCUGACGGAGGUCAUCGACAGCACCACCUGUCCCUCGGUAUGCCGCUGUGACAACAGCUUCAUCUACUGCAAUGACCGGGGACUCACCUCCAUCCCCGCUGACAUCCCUGAUGACGCCACCACCCUCUACCUGCAGAACAACCGGAUCAACAACGCCGGCAUCCCCCAGGACCUCAAGACCAAGGUCAACGUGCAGGUCAUCUACCUGUACGAGAACGACCUGGACGAGUUCCCGGUCAACCUGCCCCGCUCCCUGCGGGAGCUCCACCUGCAGGACAACAACGUGCGCACCAUCGCCAGGGACUCGCUGGCCCGCAUCCCGCUGCUGGAGAAGCUGCACCUGGAUGACAACUCCGUGUCCACCGUCAGCAUCGAGGAGGACGCCUUUGCCGACAGCAAGCAGCUCAAGCUGCUCUUCCUGAGCCGGAACCACCUGAGCAGCAUCCCCUCGGGGCUGCCCCGCACGCUGGAGGAGCUGCGGCUGGAUGACAACCGCAUCUCCACCAUCCCGCUGCACGCCUUCAAGGGCCUCAACAGCCUCCGGCGCCUCGUGCUCGACGGCAACCUGCUAGCCAACCAGCGCAUCGCUGAUGACACGUUCAGCCGCCUGCAGAACCUCACCGAGCUCUCGCUGGUGCGCAACUCCCUGGCUGCCCCGCCCCUCAACCUGCCCAGCGCCCACCUGCAGAAGCUGUACCUGCAGGACAAUGCCAUCAGCCACAUCCCCUACAACACGCUGGCCAAGAUGCGCGAACUGGAGCGCCUGGACCUGUCCAACAACAACCUCACCACGCUGCCCCGCGGUCUGUUCGACGACCUGGAGAACCUGGCCCAGCUCCUGCUGCGCAACAACCCCUGGUUCUGCGGCUGUAACCUUAUGUGGCUGCGCGACUGGGUGAAGGCGCGGGCGGCCGUGGUCAACGUGCGGGGCCUCAUGUGCCAGGGUCCCGAGAAGGUCCGGGGCAUGGCCAUCAAGGACAUCACCAGCGAGAUGGACGAGUGCUUUGAGACGGGCUCACAGGGAGGUGCGUCUGACGCUGCUGCCAAGACCACGGCCAGCAACCAUGCCUCUGCCACCACACCCCAGGGCUCACUCUUCACCCUCAAGGCCAAGAGGCCGGGGCUGCGCCUCCCUGACUCCAGCCUCGACUACCCCAUGGCCACGGGCGAUGGCGCCAAGACCCUGGUCAUCCACGUGAAGCCCCUGACGGCGGACUCGAUCCGCAUCACAUGGAAGGCCACGCUCCCCGCCUCCUCUUUCCGGCUCAGCUGGCUACGCCUGGGCCACAGCCCAGCCGUGGGCUCCAUCACAGAGACACUGGUGCAGGGGGACAAGACGGAGUACCUGCUGACGGCUUUGGAGCCCAAGUCCACCUAUAUCAUCUGCAUGGUCACCAUGGAGACUGGCAACACUUACGUGGCCGACGAGACGCCCGUGUGCGCCAAGGCCGAGACAGCAGACAGCUACGGCCCCACCACCACACUUAACCAGGAGCAGAACGCAGACCCCAUGGGGGGCCUGCCCCUGGCGGGCAUCAUCGGUGGUGCCGUGGCCCUCGUCUUCCUCUUCCUGGUCCUGGGGGCCAUCUGCUGGUACGUGCACCGGGCCGGUGAGCUGCUGACCCGGGACCGGGCCUACAAUCGGGGCAAUCGGAAAAAGGACGACUACAUGGAGUCCGGGACCAAGAAGGAUAACUCCAUCCUGGAAAUCCGAGGCCCUGGGCUGCAGAUGUUGCCCAUCAACCCUUACCACGCCAAAGAGGAGUACGUGGUCCACACCAUCUUCCCCUCCAAUGGCAGCAGCCUCUGUAAGGGCACGCACACCAUCGGUUACGGCACCACACGGGGCUACCGGGAUGGUGGCAUCCCCGACAUAGACUACACCUACACAUGA